ACUUGAAUUCUCUUUGCAAAUACAUACACUACAGUAAACUUGACUUAAACUUUUCAAUGAAAUAUUCAAACAAGUCAUGAACGAUAAUUUAUCAAGUUUCACAGAUAUUCUGAUAGACGAAUCAUGCGAAUCUCAGCCUAUUUCGUUAUCUCCUUCAAAUAGCAUACAAGUUACACAGCAAAACGUAGGCACUAACAGCAACCAUGCUGCCACUCGCCCGGCGAAACACACGGGGCAAUACGGACAGUUUCGCUCCAUCGAAGAAAUUGAUGAAAAGUACCGCAGUGUAUUCACGUAUCCUUUCUUCAACCUCGUGCAGUCGAAGAUUAUUGAGGAUGCACUAUACUCCGAUAAAUCAAUGGUGGUGUGUGCUCCCACCGGUUCCGGAAAGACCGUCGUGUUCGAGAUGGCCAUCGUACAGCUACUCAUGAAACUAGACGAUAUGAACUAUACCGACGACUUCAAAAUUAUUUACAUGGCUCCCGUAAAAGCGGUGUGUUCGGAGCGACUGUCGGAGUGGUAUCCUAAAUUUACGAGGCUGGGCCUACUCUGCAUUGAAGUGACGGGAGAUACUGAUGUGGAUUUUUCUAAGCUGCAACCUUACAGGAUAAUAAUAACAACUCCCGAGAAAUGGGACGUGUUAACGCGUCGUUGGACGGACUACCGCGCGCUGGUGGGAGUGAUCAAGCUGUUCCUCAUUGAUGAAGUGCACAUCCUCAAUGAUGAGACCAGGGGACCCACGCUAGAGGCCGUUGUGAGUCGGAUGAAGACUAUUGAGAUAUUCUGCAACACUAGAAAAAGCGUCGUUAUGACUGCAGAAACCUUAUCCAGGGAAUUGACAAUUACCUUCAAUCCGGAGCAGAAAGCUAAAUUAAUGCAAUUAGCUUCCAACAUUAAGAAUAAGAAGUUGCAGUCACUGGUAAUGAAUGGAGUGGGCUUGCAUCACGCCGGCUUGCUGUACGAAGAGCGAGUGAGCAUCGAACAAGGAUUCAGACAGAGAGACCUGCCCAUACUCAUCACUACUACUACACUAGCGAUGGGUGUGAACCUCCCCGCACACUUGGUGAUUAUUAAGAAUACACAGCAAUACAUCAAUGGAUCUUAUCAGGAAUACAGCAUAAGUACAGUACUACAGAUGGUGGGUCGCGCCGGAAGACCACAGUUUGACACUGAAGCCACCGCGGUCAUCAUGACCAGAAUGCAGGAUAAGGUAAGGUGUUUUUUAAUAAUAUAUGUUUCAGAAUAUACAAAUUAUUAG